AUGGGUGAAGAUUCUUACGUUUUUCUGAGGAGUGACGGCAAUCAGGGCAUAUCAACAUGGAGCAAAGUUGACACCGGAGGGGAUCUAAGGGCCUUCUCAAUAGCAGAAUUUCCUUCUGAAGUGAUGCUUCUGCUUUGUACGCACCUGUCUCCAAAGGAGCUGUUCAUGGUGACGUCGUCUUGCUCCAGACUGGAGAAGAUGGUGAUGGAGGAGCUCCCUGAGCUGUGGUUCAACUUUGCGGUUCGGACCUUCCCUUUCAGCGAAGAUGCGAUGAGCCCGAUCUCAGAAGCAGUCAAGCAAAACGACGGUCAUAGCGCGAUGCUGUGCUUCAAGAGCUUGUGCGCGCGCGUGCAGUGCGGGAGAUGCAACACGAUCUACGUAGCUGGCAACCCCUCGGGAUGCAAGAUGCAUCCUGGGGUUUUGAUCAGCGGGCACAGGAUGAAUGGGCACAACGCAACAUGGACGUGCUGUGGCUCGAGGCGACAUGCGGAUGGAUGCAUGCAGCUCGUGCAUGCUCCUGCCGAUGGCUGCGACCUGAGACACGAGGCGAAGCAGGGGCGAACAGUCGUUGCGUCAUGUACGGGCGUGCCAGGGUCGCGAGUGCGGGGAUGGAAUGCGAUGGAGCAGCGAACGUUCCUGGACAUGAUCACUUCGUGA